AUGGCAGCCCUCCUUGCCGGCGCCAGGCGCUUCAUCCAUCGAAAGCCGAGGUGGAUGUCGCUGUUCAGCUUCACUACAACCAAACAUUACCCAGUGCUCAUAGGAGGAUUUACAUUUACUGCCGUCUCUAGUCUUUCGGUUCCCAUAUUCUCCGUAGUCUUGGGCGAGAUCUUCAACACGUUCACAUUAUUUGGAGGAGGAAAGAUUGCAAAACAGGAUCUGACGCCACAGAUCAGCACAUUUGCCGUCCAGCUGGUUGGGCUAGGAGCAAUCAAUUGGGUCUGCAAUAGUGUCUAUUUCAUUCUAUUUGUGAUAUUUGGAGAAUUGCAGGUUGCCAAUGCUCGCACCAAGCUCUUCGAAAGGCUUUUACAGAAGAGUCAGGAGUGGUUCGAAACGCAGCCGGAUGGCACAAGGGUCUUUCUAUCUUCUCUCCAGGGACAGGUCGAUGAUCUACAGAAAGCAACAUCGCAGCCUCUCGGCCUCGCUUUGCAGUAUAUAUUUCGAGCCAUCUUCUCGCUAGCCCUGGCAUUUUUCACCUCCUGGAACCUUACUCUGGUCACUUUGGCGGGGAUCCCCUUCCUUUCAGCAGCUCUCUCCUUCCUCUCCACCAAGACGAACUCGUGUAUGGAGACACAGAAGACAGAGCUGGGUCAUUUAUCGCUAAUAGUCGACAAUGCUACUUCAUCAAUUGACAGCGUCAAGUCUUUUAACGGGCAAGAUACAGAGAUGCGAAACUUCGUGAUCAGUGUCGACAACGCCGCUUUACAUUAUCUCAAACGCGCACGCUUCACCUCUCUACAAAUAUCCAUAUUGCGGCUGAUGACAUUCGGAAUGUUCGUCCAGGGCUUCUGGUAUGGGAGCUCCCUGGCUACAUCUGGAGAGCUCUCAGCAGGAGAAGUGCUCCGAACAUUCUGGGCUUGUUUAGCAGCUGCCCAGUCAAUGGAAUUCCUCAUGCCACAAAUUGUCGUCCUAGCGAAAGGAAAGGAUGCAGCCCUUUCCUUGGCCCACAUCCUGAGCUCUGAGUCAGAGGAUGCUGUUCGAGGGGAGGGGAGGGGUUCCAUUUAUCCGAAGUUUUGCGAAGGCGACAUCGAAGUCAGCAAUGUCUCCUUUGCUUAUCCAGCGCAACCGAACAGACCGGUCCUGAACACGACAAGCUUCUUCUUUCCCGCCGGCGAGACAACCUUUGUUAUUGGCAGAAGCGGAUCUGGAAAGAGUACGCUUGGACAGCUACUCACACGCUUCUACUUACCGGUAUCUGGAGAUAUUCUGAUAGACGGCGUCCCCAUCCAGUCGCUGAGCAUCGACUGGGUAAGGAACAACAUUACUCUGCUAGAGCAGCGAAGUGUAUUAUUCAAGGAGUCUAUUUUCAUGAAUGUCGCCUUUGGUAGCCGCAACUAUGAAGGACUCAACAAGGUGGACGUACGUGAAUGUAUCGAUCUUGCAAGGUUACAAAGCACAAUAGACGAUCUACCCAAAGGAAUCGACACUUGUGUGGGUCAUGGUGGUGAUUUCCUAAGUGGUGGUCAGAAGCAAAGGGUAGCGAUUGCAAGGGCACGGUUAAGGGAUACGCCUAUAUUGAUAAUGGAUGAGCCUACAAGUGCACUUGAUGCCACCAACCGCGUCGAGAUAACGAAAGCUAUCCGGGAAUGGCGUCGAGGGAAAACGACGAUCAUUAUCACGCAUGAUAUGUCGCAAAUAAUGGAUCAUGACUUUGCCUACAUCAUGGAUCAAGGUUCGGUUAUUCAAGCUGGCUACAGACAUGAACUGGAGGAGAGUACUACGUGUUUUGCUACCUCGAAAAAGCUCUCCCGUGAUGAAAGCGAGCAUGCUGAUGCCCACAGUGCUUCUGAUCGAUGCUCCAGUGCUUCUUCAAAAUCUUCGAUUGAGAGUACACGCAGUCAAAGCCCUGAUUCGUUUUCUCAACACAACGAGCUUGCACAGCAUUCAUAUGCUAUUCACGGCUACAAAACAAGCUUACAGAGUAUUCGCCAAUCUGCAGAUACUCAAAGGGUCAGACCACGUCGUGAGUCGAUUGGGAUGCAGAUCAAGCGGCUAUUGAAGAAUGCAGCACACCUCGCGCCGCAAGAGCGCAUGUCGUUGGGACAGAUUAUGCUGACCAUACUUCCUAACUUGACUCGGGGUCAAAAACUGCUUCUUUUGCUUGGAUGUUUCAGCACCCUGGGCCACUCGAUGGCUACUCCGCUGUUUUCUUAUUGCCUGUCGAAGCUCCUCGAGACGUUUUACAACAAGCAAGCCAAGGCCUCGACAUGGUCCCUAAUAGUUCUGGGAAUAGCCAUAGGUGACGGUGUUAUAUCGUUUCUGAUGCAUUAUCUUCUAGAGCUAUGUGGCCAGGCGUGGGUUGAUCGCCUCCGUAAAAGAGGCUUCCAUCGUAUUCAUGACCAGCCACGAAAAUGGUUCGAAGAAGCCGGGAAUGAACCCUCCCAACUCACCUCGUCCCUCAACCACAGUGCUGAGGAGAUGCGAAACCUUGUCGGUCAUUUUGGCGGCUAUGUCCUAGUGGCGACUUCAGUCACUGUGGUUGCUAUUAUAUGGUGCAUGGCUGUUUGUUGGAAACUAACCCUUGUGGCAGUGGCUUGCGGACCAGUCAUUUACGCUAUCACCAGAGGCCUCGAAAGGACAACCGGAAUAUGGGAAAGACGUUGUACCGGGGUCCGAACGACAGCAUCUGAGAUAUUCAUCGAGACGUUCUCGCAAAUUCGCACCGUCCGCACACUGACACUGGAGCCUUACUUCCACAAGAAGCAUAUGAAGGCCGCAGCACUGUGUAUGGUUCUUGGGGUGAAGAAAGCUGUUUAUACUGGCUUUCUCUUUGGAUUGGUAGAGUCCAUGAUCAUUUUCGUCAGCAGUAAGCAACCGGUAUAUAAGAAACCUAUGCUUGCAGAGCUAAACUGUGCAGGCCUGAUCUUUUACUACGGAGCUGUUCUCGUAUCGUCGCUUGAGUUUACCGUCACCAGCCUCAUGACUGUAUUCUCUGUCCUUCUCUUCAGUAUUGGCUACGCGAGCACAGUACUUUCAUGGAUACCUCAAAUCAGCGUUUCCCAUAUAAUGGCAAACCAAGUCCUACGCCUCGCACGCCUGCCACAAGGCGCAUCCCACGAACACCGCGGCAAUCUGAAGAUAACCACAGCGGCGCCAGUGAAGAUCAAGAACCUGAACUUCCGCUAUCCAUCCCGUCCCGACGCACAUGUCCUGCGUGAUGUAUCCAUCAAUAUACCGCGAAACCAAUGCACAGCAAUCGUAGGACGGUCAGGCUCAGGCAAAUCAACUAUAGCAUCACUGCUCCUCAGCCUAUACGAAGCCCCCACUUCCCAAGACAGGAUGCCCCCAAUAUCCCUCAACGGAAUCGACAUCCAACGUAUACACACACCAACCCUCCGCUCCCUAAUCUCCAUUGUCUCCCAACGACCAUCCAUCUUCCCCGGCACAGUCGCAGACAACAUCAGCUAUGGUCUCGAAGACGACUCCCCUCUCCGCACAAUGUUUCACAUCCGCGCCGCAGCAGAAGCAGCCGGGAUCGACGAGUUCAUCACAUCCCUGCCAAAGGGCUAUUUCACCAUGAUAGGGGACGGCGGGGCCGGUAUGUCCGGAGGACAAGCACAAAGGCUGGUAAUCGCACGGGCGCUCGUGCGACAGCCACAGCUUCUUAUCCUGGACGAAGCCACAUCUAGCCUCGAUCCCAACAACGCAAAGAUCAUUCGAAGGACCGUGCAGAGACUGGUCGCGACAAGGCUAGGCCUUACCGUCCUGAUCAUUACGCACGCAAGGGAUAUGAUGGAGAUUGCGGAUAAUAUAAUUGUGAUUGACAAGGGUCGCGUUGUGGAAGCGGGGAAGUAUAAGUUGCUUGCGAGACAGCAGGGUGGGAAAUUAAGGGCUUUGAUUGAGGAUCCGGACUCCGAUGCGGAUGAACCGGGUAUAUGA